AUGCGAUCGACACGACGUAAACUGCCGCAAUGGUCAAAAGAUCCCGUACAGCGCGUCAACAUGAUACAAGACAUCGCCUUCCAGCUCAACGGCAAUACGCCUUGGUCGCAAGGGCCAGCGUCGAACCGCCGCGACGCCCUGGACAAGCUGCGCGUCCUGCUUGAACCCGCAGACGCCUUCCCGGGCCUCUCGGACAAGGACAAUCGAACAAAACGUCUUGCAGAAGACGACCCUGCUAUUGAAGCUAUCACCAUGGAGAUACGUAUCUUCAGCUUUGCCUGCGAGGCUGUCUGCACUCUGGAGGACGGUGGUGGCGAUGUCAACGACAUGCUCUACCGCUUCUGGCCCAACGCGAUCGACUGGCUAGCAUUCCUGCAUCCGGGCAGCGACAGCGUGUAUCCUACGAAGUCCUCUUCCGGAAACUACCUGGUGCUCGAGGGUCUUACGAAGGCGUACCUCUACAUCUUUCAGUACAACCGCGGUCACAUGGAGCGUCUCCUUAUUGACAGGCCGGAUAUGCUCUUCUUCGUGUUCGACUUCUGGCUCAGGUUUCCGCGCUAUAUUCCGGAGACGAUGCUUCAUCCCGAGUUCAACGCUGCAGACACUAUUCACACUCUUCUCAACGCGGUAUCUACUCUGUAUAACAUGGUUUCUGGCUGGGAUCUUCCACACCCACAACGUCGCUCUCAGCGCAACCUCAUCAGCGUGGACGACGCGCGCGCGAUUUUCGUGCGAGAACUUCAGAGACAUCUUGGCAAGGGCGGGCUUCACACCUUCUUCACGAAGCAGAACGAAUAUCUCGCCCACCUGUUCAUUCCGCCUCGCCUCGUCGGGAGAGUAUGGUACAUGCAGUUCGAGCUGCAGUCCCUGAUCAUCCGCAAUCCCGCGUUCGCGCGUGACAUCUGUCCGCGUGCGUACUUACGAUCCAUCGUCGAGAGCACGAAUAUUCUGCUGGAUCAACGCCUGCAUCGGGAUGCCAUCGCGGGUGCGGACCUCCUCGGUAUUCUCUGCCAGGCUACUGAGAGCAACAAGACGUUGAUGCGCGCUCUCGAAGCUGGCGCGUACUCUAUCAUCAAGCGCAUUGGCAUGGCGUCCGAAGACUACAAUGUCAUCGAGUUCACGCACCAGCUUUGCACUGGCCUCGCGCAGGCGUCCGUCCUGCGUGUCUUCCAUCGGCUUCACAAGGACGAGUUCGACCCGGAGCCCACCCCUAUGGAUCCCAAGCGGCGAUUGAACUACAAGACAGUCAUACGUCAGUUCAGCAGCCGUUACAAAUUCUACCUGGUGGAAAUGAAGAGCGAGAAACAUUGGAAGCAGUUCCCCUGCUCGAACGACGCGCUCGAGUACGCGUUUGUCCGUGUGGCGAUGCGUUCUACUGCUCCAAGCGAUGUCAGCGUGAGCACUGGACGAAAACACACCACUCUACGUGCUGCGCGAACGAUGGGCCGUGGAGCUUACACGCGCCCGCAAGAGAUCGCCGCCAACAUCCUCUCGAUGCACGAGAGGGGAAAGCUGCCGGUCGUCACCUUCGAGCAGAGCCAGAUAUACCCAGCGGUCCGUGCCACCGUGCGUGCGCUCGAGGAGGACUCCCUAUGCGCGUCUGCACCGCGCGGGACGGUGUUUCUGGAAGUGAAGAUAAAUCUAGGCCGAGACCAGCCAACGCGGAUGCUGCCCUUCACAUACACCGUCGACUUCUUUGAGAGGGUGGUCAACAAUCCUUCAUGGUUUCCAAAGCCGCUGGACACUGGCGGAAGGAAGUAG